AUGAAUUAACUUCAAAAUGAGCAUGUAACAACAAAUUAGUGCCAUUUUAAACUAGUAAAUACUUUGUAAUUAGGAAAGCAAGAUAUUAACUAUUUAAAUUAUAAUAUUAAGUAUUCAACUUUAUUGGUAGGAAUUGGAAGAAGAAUUUGUGUCUUCUAAUUUAAUAAUUUCUAACUUAAAUUGAUUGGAAGUUUUUUUAAUAAUCGAGAACAUUUCUCUAUUAUAUAUUCUAUGUAAAAAUAAAAAGUGAUUAUCACUGGAGAUUCUACAGGAAUGCUUAAAGUAUACUAACUGUCCAAUAUAAAUUAAAAUCGAUAUUUGUAUUAACUAAAAGGACAUGAUGGUUGCAUAUCUCAUAUAGCUAUGAAUAGUCAAGAAAAUGAUUUGAUUACUAGCAGUGUUAAUUCAACUAUAAAAUUUUGGAAUUAAAAAAACAUAUGGAUAUGCUAUUAAACUCUUAUAUAACAUCAAGAUCUUUUGUUAGGAUUUAGUUUGAAUGAAUCUGGAAAUCAAUUGAUUUCAUAUGGAUUUGAUGAUUACAUAUUAGUAACAACAAAAGUUAAAAACAAAUAAUUUUGGUAAGUGAUAUAAAAAAUAAGUAAUAAAUUAUUUUCAGGCGGACGAUUAUCAUAUAUUAGUGAUAAUUCAUUUUUCUUUCAAGCUGGAUAGAAAGAUUUUAUGAUAAUUUAUAAUAAAACGGCAAAUAUAAGAUUAUAUUAAUAAACCUCAUAAAUAAAUUUAAAAAUGAGUUCUUCUAGUCUUGAUUGUUUAUCUAAAUUAUAAUUUGCUAGAUAAAAUUUAGUACUUUUAACAAAAUUAGACAAAACUAUAAAUUGUCUAAAAUUUAAUGAAAGUGGAAAUAUUAUUUUUUAAGAAUAUAUUGACAUCUAAGCUAAUAAGUUUGUUGUUUGUAUAAGUGAAGAUGCAAAUUAUUUAUUUACAGCAAAUAAUGAAUCAAAUUAAUUAUAAAUUAGAAAGAAUUUUAGAAUAUGA